ACUUUUUCGUAAAAAAAAUUCUACUCAUAUCGUUCCACUACCACCAUAUGCGCCUAAUUUGGUUACAUGGUGGUACAUUCUGGCUAUUAGACAAGCCCUAAAUUUCGUUCCGAGGACACUGUUUUGACACGAUAGAGCAGAUUCAAGCCGCUGCGAAGAAGGUGUUGAAGGCCCUUCUUAAAGACGGCAUUUUCGAGUGUUUAGAAAACUGGAAAAUUCGUCGGCAUAAGUGCAUUGUGUCUGGGAGGGAUUGCAUUGAUGGCAAAAAAAUGAUUUGGAAGAAAAAUUAAGAAACUUUCAAAAUACAUCCAAUGUCACCUUAUUUUUUGGACACAGUAGUAUAUAGCUGGCCUUCUCUCGCCACCGACAAUUUUUCUUUUUUCUAUUUUGGCUGCUGUCAACUGGCGUAGUCUGUGAAUGAAAGAAGAAACUAAACAAAAGCUUUGAAUCCGUGCGUGCAUCAAGAACAAUAUAGAUAAAACGAACUACGCCUUGAUUAUCGCCAGGACUCGCUUUAACAAGGCAACCCGUUAUGUGACAUAGUUUCCUUCUUUCGUUGUAGCAGAGACAAGCUAUCUUCUAUCGUCUCCGAUUAUCGAUUAGUUGACGGAUGUUAGCUGCAGCUCAGGAGUUUCGUAUUGCUCGUUGUUAGUACUCCACAAUAUGCCAAGUACGUUACUGUUUGCGAACAACAAUGAAGGCCGUGUAUACGCGCUCUCAACCUCUAGCUCAGCGUGGCGGGAGUUCCUGUAUCUCGGGCUGGAGUUCAAAAAAAUAAGCGUCACACCGCACUUUAUGUGGGCCAUCGGCGGUGAUCGUCAAGUUUACGUGCAUGUGUAUGGACUAGAUGUGCCGAUACGCUUGAAGGAGGAAGCAUACGAGAACGAACGCUGGCUGCCGAUUGAGGGCUUUUCCAGUAGACUCCUGCCAACCGAUCGAUACCAUUUCUCUAACGCCGAUGGUACCGUUGAUAGAAAUAUUGAGAAGAUACGACUGCCUUCGAUGGCGUGGCAGUGGGAGGGAGAGUGGCAGCUGGACCUCUCGCUGGAUGGCCAACCGCUGGAUCACGACGGCUGGUCUUACGCCGUGGAUUUUCCGGCCUCGUUUCACCAGCAAAAGAACUGGAAGUCAUGCGUACGGCGUCGCAAAUGGGUGCGCUUCCGCCGCUACAGUGCGCUCGAUUCCUGGUGCGCUGUUGCACCACUACACAAGGACCCGACGCAGGAACCGUUUAUCGACGUUUCGAUCGGCGGCCAGAAUGUUCCCGGCGCACCAGCUGGACUGCUGCUAGUUUGGGCGGUCACAGCCCACGGGCGCGUCAUGUUUCGAUCCGGUGUCAGUACGUCUGCUCCAGAAGGGCUGCGCUGGACUGCUGUUACUACGCCCUCCGGCUGCGAAGUUUCGCAGAUAUCCGUCGGAACUACUGGGCUGGUCUGGGCUGUCCUAUACAAUGGGCGAGCAAUUGUGCGUGUUGGCAUCGGCAGAGAUACGCUUCUUGGGAGUGCUUGGUUAGAGGUGAAGCCACCGGGUUCGAAUCUUAAAAUUGUGCAGGUAUCCGUCGGCACCAACUCUGUGUGGUGUGUAACGAACGAUAAUCACGUUUGGUUCCGUCGUGGCGUACGCGGUGAAGCAUCAGGCAACAGUGAGGACGCCGCCAUCGGUAGCGGAUGGGUCGAGAUGGUUGGCAAUAUAUCGCACAUCUCCGUCGCACCCAACGAUCAGGUGUUUGCAGUCGGCUCUGAGGAUCGUGCACUCUACUUCCGUUCGGGAGUUUCAAGCAGUGAUCCGACCGGGAAAAAGUGGCGUCUUAUACAGCUACCUAUGCAGUUGAGCCGUACAUCAAGCAAUUUUUCCUUCGCCUCUAACCGCCAGAGUGGUAGCAGCUCGCCGACAACAAAACACCGCAGUCUGACCAGUCUGUACCGUGAGCGAGCCGCCCAGGCAUCUGUCAUCAGUGGUGCCGAUGGACCGGCAGGUACUACUUCCGGGCCGGUUAGUAGCGGAAUGGAGGAAACUUCCCGGUCGGCCCCGACAGCGAAUGUGAAGCAUCGGCCCCAACUGUGGCACAAACCGGAAUUGUCGCCGGAUGCUAUCGGGCAGGUGAUCGAUGCAAAACAGGUUGGUAGUAUGAUGGAGCGCAAGCUGAUGCAGAAAGUCUCGCUAGAAAACAUGAGCGCAUCAAGCGUUCCGCUGAACGAGGUAUACGAAAUAUCCAGUAAACACCUGAAAAACUCUCGAGCCUGGAGCCCGGUUCGAUCGGUAGGCUCAGUCGUUGGAACCGAGGCGCAUCCGGAAACCGACUCUAGUGUGUUUGAAGGCGAAUGCUCUAGAGAUUCAGGAGUCUUUGGGGAAUGUGAGGAUCAUGGAGGAUCGUUUAAUUGGACCGACUGUGAGGUUGUUUGGGUUGGUUGCUCCGCCGGGGCCGUCCUGGUAGACUCCAAUAUGUUGCCCAACUGGUUCCAUGAUUCCACUUCGCAAUCAAACGUAUCGGAGGAAUUAACCCACCCGUGGCGUCUACAAUUGCUGAUGGAUCUGAAACAACGGCUGCCGGCUAACGAUCUGGAUAGUGGUGCUUUCGCGCAUUAUGAACAGGCAAUCACAAUGGGCUCUUGGGUCAAGACGGGUGAGGCUCGAUGCGCAAAGCCCGGCCUUCCCUUUGAGGACUGUCUAAUCGAGCUGGAGUGGGUUCAGGGCAAUCAAGAAAACGGACCAGAAUCUGGCACACUGACCGUGCUCAAUUCGGAUGGCAUUACUACGAAAAUGCAGUUCUCCCUGUCAGAAAUCAGAGCCGUUAUGAGCUGCAGCGAGCCCGGAUCGACGCGACUGUCCAUCCAUGCCCCCCGACUUCCCCCAGGAUCUUCACCGCUUAAACUGCAAUUUAGUGGAGACACUGAGCUAGAAGACUGGAUUUCGCACCUCACCUCCGUAUGCUGUCAGAUUAACGAUGUACAAGUUCGGCCAGCACCGAAUGCCGUUUGGAUAACAUCUGGACUGGGUGACGUGUUCACGUUCGAUCCCAGCCAUCUUCAAGCCUCUCAGUGGAACCCGCGCACGAAAAGGUACGGCGAGAAAUUGGAAGUAAAGGCGGCAGAAACACCAUAUCUAACCGAUUUAUACAACGGAAUGCUGAUUGGAUCACACCUAGAAAUCCACGGUUUCGUGUACGAUGACGCGGACCAGAUUCGCUUCGAUCUACAAGCACGUCCGACAAUGCGGUUGCGGCACAAGCUCGAAUCCCAACGCAAUAUUCCGCUGCAUAUUAAUCCGCGGUUCAAUGAGAAGAUUACAGUCUUUAAUACGAUGUUCGCGUCGCAAUGGAGUGAGGAUGAAAUCCGCGAUAGAAAUGUAUGGUUUACCCCGGGCACGGAAUUUAGACUAACGAUUUACAGCGCCAGUGAUGGAUUCCGUGUAAUAGUGAACGGACACGAGCAUCCUACAUUUCACUAUCGCAGCGGUCUUACCCCUGACACCGUAUGUAGCUUAUACAGCAGUGGACGGGUGAAGAUACUUCAGAUCGUGUACGAGAGCCCUAAGCUUAUCGUACCACUGCGUGACGUGUUUUGGCGGCAGAUCGGUGGUCACUUAAAACGUGUGAUCUCAUGCAACGCCGGCGUCGUUUGGGGUAUAGGCUAUGAUAGCACGGCCUGGUUGUAUACGGGCGGUUGGGGCGGUGCCUUCCUUAAGGGACUUGAGACCAGCAAUCGAGGGAUAAACUCUAUGACGGACACACAAAACUACUAUGUCUACGAGAAUCAGCGGUGGAACCCAUUGUCGGGAUUCUCAUCAACUGGUCUUCCAACGGAUCGGCAUAUGUGGAGUGAUAUUACAGGCAAACAUAAGCGUAGCAAAGAACACGCCAAACUGCUAUCAAUGCAUUGGCAGUGGAUCAGCGACUGGAUGGUUGAUUUUCACAAUCCUGGCGGAGUUGAUAGGGAUGGGUGGCAAUAUGCGGUCGAUUUUCCUGCUUCGUAUCAUUCGAAGAAACAAUUUACCGAUUACGUGCGCCGUCGACGAUGGUACCGGAAAUGUCGGCUUACCACCAGCGGACCAUGGCAAGAAAUUGGCAACACAAAGCUACUGGAUGUAUCGCUGCAUCAGGAUGGGCAUGCAACAGAUUGCCCUAUUAAAGUGUGGGCAAUAGCUGCUAAUGGCGAUGUCCUCUACCGUCGAGGAGUAUCACAGUCUCAACCUGCAGGAAUGGGAUGGGAGCAUAUACCAUGCGAUCAACCGCUGGUGAGCAUCAGUAUCUAUGAAAAUAAGUUGUGGUCAAUCGGCAAAAAUGGAACGGCCCUUUUCCGAUGCGGCAUUACGCUCGAGAAUCCUCUCGGUGGCAAAUGGCAAUCAAUAAUGCCUCCGGAUGGAGUUAGUUUCAAGCAGAUCUCGGUAGGAAAAGCGGGCAUUUGGGCACUGGACGUUGCCGGUAGGCUCUCGGUGCGCAAAGAAAUCAAUGAGACGUUCCCAGAAGGCAGCCAUUGGCAACUGUUGUCCAACAUUCCAAACGAUCCUCCACACUAUGAAGGAAAUUGUGGUUUUAAAAACGUAUCAGUUGGCGAACACGUGUAUGCCGUUUCGGAAUCAGGAUGCGUGUGCAUACGCAGUGGUAUUACGCCAUUGAAUCCAGCAGGCACUGGAUGGAAUGUAGGAAUACAGGCUAAUUGGAAUUGUGUUAAUGCUUCUGGCUUUUACAAUUCGUGCUAAAGAGCAUUGCUCUAACACUAUUUGGCUGUUAUUUAUUCUGGAUUAGAAUUUAUGAACAAUUUCAGAAUCAUGUCAAGCAGACAGAACGUUAUUACGACGAUUCCGCUUUUUCCUGUGCAGCUUAGACAAAAAACACAAUCCGAAUGUUUUGUCACAUCAAUUAAAGAUAUAGGGUAAAACCAAUUUGCAUAACACAUUGAACUAUAUUGAGACAUGCAUAUUCAACAACGACAUAUGUAACUGCUGCUUGCAUACCAUAAAUGAAUGUUUGCUUAGUGUUAGUAGCGUACGGAAAGAACGCUACGUUAGUAUCGCAGUUACACAUUAGCAGGCCUGAAUUUUCCGAAGGGCGAAUUCACCCGGAACUGCUCUGUCUGCGGGUGUUAACACGUUAACAGACCCGAUUGCAUUUGCAUUACCGGAAACUCUGGUUCAUGGACGACCCUG